AAAAUAAUGAUUUUUCGGAUAAAGAUAUUCAGUUACUAUAUAUUUCGACAUUUCUAUUUUUACAUCAAAGUUAAGGAAGCAGAUAAAGAGUUAAUUUCACAUUGACUAUUAAAUGGAGAUCGUCGCAAGAAUUUUUUUUCUUUUGGUUCUUGGUAUAUCAAGAUUAAAUAUAUUUGAUGUACAGGCAUGUGAGAAUAUAUCUUGUUUCUUGUGGAGAAAAACAGACAAACAACUAUCUAUGUCAUGUUACAUUAAAAACGUUUAUUCAUCUAUACUCAUACUUGAUCCCUUUAACACGACGCAAGCAAAUUGUUCAGCCUUUAACAACACGUUCGUCUGUGAUGCACUGCCGGAAAUUGGUGCAUAUUUCAAUUCUCUAAAAAACGAAACAGUUGUACAGUGGGAUAUAUCACAUGUUUUAAUAACUGGAAAAUGGUUGUGCAUUCAUGGUGAUGAUAUAAUCGAACUGUACAUAGACCCAACAAAAGGAAGACACAACUUAUCAUUGCUUAUCUCUCGUGGAAAUGGGACUUACGUAGGAUUUAAAGAGUCAGAUAUUUUAUCAACAAUACAAACAUCAACAAAGGAGACGACAACAGAACACAUGCACACUACACUUUCAAACGGGAAUGUGUCAAAUGUGUACUUUGAUUUUGGAAGAUCACACUUAGGUCCGAAAGGCAAAAAUACAUUAAGCCAUACUGAUUUUAAAGAUAAUGUUAUCAAACUAGCAGUUGGGUUUGCAAUUGUAAUAUUCUUUGUGGCAUUGAUAUGUUUUUGUGUACCAUAUAGGAAUCCAGAAGACAUAUAAAACUAUGAAGUGAUAUAAGACGCUGCUCAUAAAUCUCGAAAAGAUAUUGAGAAACCACACAUCCCCAAGUGAACUUCACAUGGAAGACAAAAACAGAACCUAAAAAUAUACGCCCUU